UAGCCAGGCUAGGGGUCUGGUCCUUUUUUGGGGCUGCUGUGGGUGGAGGCAGCGGGUGACGAGACCCAAAGGCUAUAAAACUUAGCAAAGUGGGAAGGAAGAGUGCACCAUCCCAGAGUAAAGGACCCCGGCAAAGCAGACAGGACGCAAACAGAUUGAACAUGUGUGACGAGGAGGAGAGUACAGCGCUGGUUUGCGAUAACGGCUCCGGACUGUGUAAGGCUGGCUUCGCCGGGGAUGACGCUCCCCGCGCGGUCUUCCCCUCCAUCGUGGGCCGCCCCCGUCAUCAGGGCGUUAUGGUUGGGAUGGGCCAGAAAGACAGCUAUGUAGGUGACGAGGCUCAGAGUAAGAGGGGCAUCCUGACCCUGAAAUACCCCAUCGAGCAUGGCAUCAUCACAAAUUGGGACGAUAUGGAGAAGAUCUGGCACCACACUUUCUAUAAUGAGCUACGGGUAGCCCCCGAGGAACAUCCAACUCUGCUCACAGAGGCUCCCCUAAACCCCAAGGCCAACCGUGAAAAGAUGACCCAGAUCAUGUUUGAGACCUUCAAUGUGCCAGCCAUGUAUGUUGCUAUCCAGGCCGUGCUGUCCCUUUACGCAUCCGGCCGUACAACAGGUAUCGUGCUGGACUCCGGAGAUGGUGUCACCCACAAUGUGCCAAUCUAUGAGGGUUAUGCCCUGCCCCAUGCCAUCAUGCGUCUGGAUCUGGCUGGCCGUGAUCUCACCGACUACCUCAUGAAAAUCCUUACUGAACGUGGCUAUUCAUUUGUCACCACAGCUGAACGUGAGAUUGUCCGUGAUAUUAAGGAGAAGUUGUGCUAUGUGGCUCUUGACUUUGAGAAUGAGAUGGCCACUGCUGCCUCCUCUUCCUCCUUGGAGAAGAGUUAUGAACUGCCUGAUGGCCAGGUCAUCACCAUAGGUAACGAGCGUUUCCGUUGCCCAGAGACUCUCUUCCAGCCAUCUUUCAUUGGGAUGGAGUCUGCAGGCAUCCACGAGACCACAUACAACAGCAUCAUGAAGUGUGAUAUCGACAUCAGGAAGGAUUUAUAUGCCAACAACGUACUGUCAGGAGGUACCACCAUGUACCCUGGUAUUGCUGACCGUAUGCAAAAGGAAAUCACUGCAUUGGCCCCCAGCACCAUGAAAAUCAAGAUCAUUGCUCCUCCUGAGCGCAAGUACUCAGUCUGGAUUGGUGGCUCCAUCCUGGCCUCCCUCUCCACCUUCCAGCAGAUGUGGAUUAGCAAGCCUGAAUACGAUGAGGCUGGUCCAUCUAUUGUACACCGCAAAUGCUUUUAAACCAUCGUCUCUCCUCUCUCCUUCUGUCUUUUUUGUAUCUUUUUGCAACAAGAAAACUGUGAAUGUGCAAUUAGACAAACAAACUUUCUACUAUUUUCAUUCCAUUUCUCUGUCACUAGACAUUAGCUGUUGCUUUAACUGAAUGAAUGGGAGUUUUUAAAAUAAAGUCAGAAUGUGCUGCCA